ACAUACCCUAGUAUUUAUCAUUAGAAAAGAAAAAAUAAACGUCAGAGGAAAUUGCAAUUUUUGCAUAAAUUUUUAUUUUAGAAGCUAAAAAUUGGGCGUUUCUAAUAUUUAGGCAUAUAUUUAAUACUUGUUUGCAAAGAUUUGAAAAGACAUUCCUACACCUCGCCAUAAUGCUUGUCUUAGUAUUGGGUGAUUUGCAUAUACCCCACCGUUGCAGUAGUUUGCCAGCUAAAUUUAAGAAACUGCUGGUACCCGGACGUAUUCAUCAUAUUUUGGUUACAGGCAAUUUAUGCACAAAAGAGUCUCAUGAUUAUCUGAAAACGUUGGCCAACGAUGUUCACAUUGUACGUGGUGACUUUGAUGACAAUCUCUCGUAUCCCGAACAAAAGGUAGUGACUGUUGGUCAGUUUCGCAUUGGCCUGUGCCACGGUCAUCAGGUGGUGCCGAGAGGAGAUCCCGAAGCAUUGGCCUUAGUGCAACGCCAGUUGGAUGUGGAUAUUUUAAUAACAGGACACACUCAUAAAUUUGAGGCCUACGAGCAUGGCAAUAAGUUUUAUAUAAAUCCCGGCUCAGCUACGGGAGCAUUCAAUCCUUUGGAUACCAAUGUUGUGCCAUCGUUCGUAUUGAUGGACAUACAAAGUUCGACGGUUGUAACUUAUGUUUAUCAAUUAAUUGGUGAUGAAGUCAAGGUAGAACGUAUCGAAUAUAAGAAAAUUUAAUUAUGUUAAGAUUUUGAAAUGACAACAAAGCACGAAAUGCAGUAAUUAUUGUGUAUGUUAGUACGUACGAAGAGUAUUGUUGUUCUUUAAGAAUUUCUUGAAAUAAUGUAAAGAUAAGGGAAAUAAAUGUGCAUAUGUAUAAAAUGCAUAAAUACAUAUGUUAUAAAUUAAAUAUUUUAUAAAUAAAUUAAAAAAAUAAACAUUAAAAAUGCA